CCGGCCGGGGCGCGCUGGCUGCGCUCCAGGCGGGCGCUCUCCGGGGCGGCGCGGCGGCUCCAGUCUGACUGACGCCGGCGGGGCCGCCGCUGUCUCGGUCCGCGCUGCGCCCGCGGCCGCCGGUCCCCAGCCGGGCGGUGGGUGAGUGCGCGGAGCCGGGGCCCCCGCGGGGACAGAGUUGGCCAGCCCACUUGAGGGCCCUGGCGCCCGCGCGUCACUUCCAGCAGGAAAGGAAGGCCUGUGGCUGUGACCUCCUGGAGAGCUGCCUGCUGACCGCCCCAGCCCUGCAGGCCGCGCGGCUGCUGCUUGCUCUGGACGCCGGCCGGCCGCCCCAUGCACUCCAGCAUGGCCAUCAGCUCCCUCUUCUCCUUCACCAGCCCGGCAGUGAAGAGGCUGCUGGGCUGGAAGCAAGGAGAUGAAGAGGAGAAGUGGGCGGAGAAGGCGGUGGACUCGCUGGUGAAGAAGUUGAAGAAGAAGAAGGGGGCCAUGGACGAGCUGGAGCGGGCCCUCAGCUGCCCGGGGCAGCCCAGCCGGUGCGUGACGAUCCCGCGGUCCCUGGACGGGCGGCUGCAGGUGUCCCACCGCAAGGGCCUGCCCCACGUCAUCUACUGCCGGGUGUGGCGCUGGCCCGACCUGCAGUCCCACCACGAGCUGAAGCCGCUGGAGUGCUGCGAGUUCCCGUUCGGCUCCAAGCAGAAGGAGGUGUGCAUCAACCCCUACCACUACCGCCGCGUGGAGACCCCAGGUGAGCCCUAUCCCGCAGGUGUGCACCUGUACUACGUGGGCGGCGAGGUCUACGCCGAGUGCGUGAGCGACAGCAGCAUCUUCGUGCAGAGCCGCAACUGCAACUACCAGCACGGCUUCCACCCGGCCACCGUCUGCAAGAUCCCGAGCGGCUGCAGCCUCCGCGUCUUCAACAACCAGCUCUUCGCGCAGCUGCUGGCCCAGUCCGUGCAGCACGGCUUCGAGGUCGUCUACGAGCUGACCAAGAUGUGCACCAUCAGGAUGAGCUUUGUCAAGGGCUGGGGAGCCGAGUACCAUCGCCAGGAUGUCACCAGCACUCCCUGCUGGAUUGAGAUCCACCUCCACGGACCGCUGCAGUGGCUGGACAAGGUUCUGACCCAGAUGGGCUCGCCACACAACCCGAUUUCUUCAGUGUCUUAAGGGCCUUCUCGUAAGCCACCUUUCUAGGAGAAGACGCUGGUGCAGGCAGCGGCUUACGCCAGCCAGCUCAGAUCUGCAGUUAACGGAAGUUCCUCAUACCUGUGUAAAUGCAAAUCAUGUGCACUGUUCGUAUUUUUAUCACCAUUUGUUUUGUGCUUCCCAGUUAACCUGAUGCCAGUACAGUGUGGCUCCAAGAGCAGGUUUAUUGGGCCUUCAGUAUUUGCGCCAAUAGUUUUUGAAGGGCAUUGUCAGGCAGUCGAGUCCUUCCUUAUAAAGCAUGUCGUGGGGUCUAACGGAAAACCUGAAAACUGUUCAUAUAGCGAAAAUCAGGUACUGGCAGCACGAGAGCAAAUCAGGCAAAAAACAAGCAGUCAUCCCAGAUAGUUUAAAUGAUCUCACUUUUCGUGCUGUUGGCCUAAAAACAAAAACAGCAAGCUUACAAAUCAGUUAUGUGAGAGAAGCCACGUUGAUUUUGUAUCUGAGGUUGAAAUACCUACAGCUGGACUAUGUGCUGAUAUUAAUGGUACAUCUUAAACAAAUGGAAACUGUGACUGGAAAAGAAAGAAGCUGUGAAGCUUAGAGUCAUGUUGCCUCAUAAUCUACCAUCAUGGAAAGCGAGUCUAAUAUGGGGAAAUCAGUAUGAAAACAGAAUGAAAUGAGUUAUGUUCUCCAAGUGCAAGACAAGACCAGAACUUGGUCCAAGGAUCACCCAGGGAGACGCCUGCUUUCCAAGCAGGAAAUCACUUCCCCGUUUUCCCAGCCUUUCCUGCCAGGAAGUCCUGCAGGAACCUGGGUUUGCUCGGUUUGAGAAAACAUUGAGUUCAAGCCCGCAGAGAGGAGAAGGCGAGGUGGGGAGGAGCGCACAGAAGCAGCCACAGUUUACCUGCAUCUUCUCACAUUCCCACAUUACUGUCUCUGGGAGAAGGCAGCCCACUGUCCACGUUUUCCUUGUCUGUUGGUGAAUAUCAACUAUUAGCAGAUGACAAAGAUAAUGGUGAAGGCUUUGAGAAAAUCUAGGCACAUUGUUGGAUCAAAUUUUUCACUUGUUUGACUCAGUGUCUCUACUGUUUAAAUUGGUCAAAUCUGGUAGCUCCAAAUACAGUGUAAGUCUCUCCUACCUGGAAAUAACCCCUCGAGUAAAAUGACAACAACAUCAUAAUUCCCUAUAAUUUCUGGGGAACAGUGGGACUGAAUAAUAGUAUAUCUUUUUGAAAGAGAUACAAUAUUGCCAACUUGAUCCUGUUUUCCCUUGAAUGAUACGUAGGAAAAUCCCCAGAUUUCUAGGUACUUUCAUAUAUGUAUAUACGUGAUUCCCACCUGCUACACGCUGCAUUGCUUGGAAGACUCUCUCACACCCUCUUGGAAAUGUUUCCUUUCGGAUGGGAGUUGGGCUUGUUGCAGGCGGCACUUCAGCGGCCCUCACGGCUUCUUGUCUCAUCUGUCCCGCGUCCACUCUUCCUAGCAGUAGUGCCGCGGGAGGUCUUCUCGUUACGGCGUGUUCAAGAUGGAAAUGAUCAGUGAGGAAGUGACGACUGGGCCACGAGUGUCACCUCACAGACAAGUUCCCGUGUACUGUGGGAAAUAAACACUGCACUCCAUGUUCCGACUGGUGGUCAGUUAGGAUGGGGGAAAGCCCGGGGUCCCCUGGUCCGCCCGGCGUGUCCUGAGCCAGGUUGGGAACAUCAGGGACCACGGAGGCGGACACGAGCCAGAGGUGCCCUGGCCACGUGGCUCUGAGACCGAGAGGGAAUCUGAGUAGACAGACGGCUUCAAAAUAAGAUGGAACGUGUGAUCUUUCUUUUGCUUGGAAAAAUGUCACUGAUUCCUUCAUGACUUUGACAUCCACACCUCUAUCUCCCUUCUCUUCUGGACAGCCAGGUAACGGACCAAGACUUCCAGGGCAGAUGCCCCUUCUCUGUCUCAGUUGGGUUCCCCCUUGCUUUCCUGCUUUCCAGUAACUUCCGCCCCACUUCUCGUCCAGGUGUCCAGCCAGGCGAGCGUGUCGGCUGCUCGGAGUGUUUGUCCAGAGACCCGAGCCUUCCGGGGCCCACACAUUCCGUCUGCCUCUUCCCGCGUAACCUCACACUGUCUCAGAAUUAACCUGAAGCAAGCCACCCUGGAUUUUCAUGCCACUUUGGAAAACCGGGACACAAAAUAUUGCAGUCAACCCAAAUGAUUUCUGAGAAAAAUAAAUUAUUAAAAUGAUGGGUGUGCAUUAUCACCAGCCAUGUCUCACCAGAAGCCUUUUACAGGACAUGCGUGAGAUUCGGGGGAUUUAGAGUUCAUGAACAGUUAACUCUUGAGUCACUGUAGCAAGUCACAUUCUGAUCAGCUUUUUUUUUCCUGCCAAGCGUUGUCAAAAAUUGUAAUGCAGUAUUUCAUUUCAGACUUCCAAAUAUACUCAUUUAACACUCAUUCUUUGAGGCAGACAACCCAAGAAAAUUCAUAGCAUUCUUUUACAGGAUAACUAGCAGGGCGGGCAUGUUAGGCAUUUAAACGCAUCAGCAAUUCAAAACAUGUUUAGGGUUGCCAUGGAAAAGGAUCACGAACCAAGAGAGAAUAAUAAUAUUUUGGCCUGCGCACAACAUCCAGGACAUUUAUCAUGUUAUGCAAGCCAGUUUUUUUUUUUUUUCCUGUAAAGGAUUGAGAUGAAAAUAGGUUAUUUUGGGCAGAUGAUAUUUUAAUAGCUGCCAGUGCUUUGGAACUAUGAAGAAGUCACUUUUCAACACAUUUACUUUCUCUUUUCUUUUCUUUUCUUUUCCUUUCCUUUCCUUCUUUCCUUUCCUUUCCUUUCCUUUCCUUUCCUUUCCUUUCCUUUCCUUCUUUCUUUCUUUCUCUUUACAUUUGGUAUAAAUCAGGAAAAGUUGGCCAAUGUAGCGUUUAGAAUCCACUUGUCAUUGUUUUCUGAGGAAUUGGGUACCCUCAUAACAACAACAAAACACAACAAUGAAAGUUUUUUAUAAUGAAUAUUAUAAGUAUCACUCACUAGAUUUUAAGUUCCUGCUUAACUUUGAAUGUAUUCCAAUAUUUGGUGUGUAUAUAUAUUCAAUAAAUAAAGCAAAAUAUAAUGUGCAUUCCAAAUUUUGUCUUUCCUUGUUAUGAUGUAACAACUGAACUGUAUGUCAAGAUUAGUGGUCCUGGUAUAUGUUAAAGAAAAAUUCAAAUUAAUGUAAAACAAAUUAAAAAUAAUGGUUUCUAUCUGAAUGAGGUAAAGCUUUGAUUAUAACGAGGUACCACUUAUCUUUCAACUGCAUACUUAUAGUGUUAACUGAUUGUUUAUAAUAAAGAAUACUGUACCUGUUUGUCUUUUAGCUCAUUUUUCCUACAAACCUUAUUAAAGAUUCACUGCAGAUGGGACUGCAGCUCUUUAGGACAAUCAAGUUUAACCCAUCCUAUUUUGAAAAUGGGAUGUUUUAAACUCUGAUGUGCUGUGGAGAAAUUAGGUGGUGGUUUUGGAUUAAACAUCUUGGAAUAACUGGCAUUAAGAAUGGAAUCUUGAAA